AUGGCAGACAACACGACAGCUGGUAUCUGGGAUAUCACGUUGGAGUUUGCACGAAAACGGAAGCGAGCGGCAGAGGAUGCCGAUACUUCUUCAGGGGACGAUGUGGCGGACGCAGAGCUGCCAUCACACGGACACAGCAGACCAACGUACAUUGGGAAGGGCGGCAAGCCACUGAAAGUUGGCGGCUUCGAGCUUGAGAUUCAUGCUAGGAGAGAACCUAUCGGCGUCGCAAGGGAUGACACAAUCGACCUCGAGUGCUAUGUCAAGAAGAUCGAAGCUUCCAUUGUCGCUCCCAAGCGCGAAGAUGAUUCCGACGACGACGACGACGACAACGGCAUCGUCAUUGGCCGCGUGGAAGCCCACGUUGUGCAGGUUGGGCGCAUUAUCGCUGACUGGCCCACAGAGAAGUAUGUGACAAUCACUCGGCAGAGCUUGCAGGCAUGUUCGAAGCCCUUCAAGAAAGAUGAAGAUGGGUCUCAUUCCAUUCCUGCAUUGGAAGAGUACUCGUUGGGCGACAUCUUGUAUAUCAACACGGUUCGGCUGCUGCCCAAGUACCGUGGCUUGCUUUGA